AUGCCGUGCCCGAAACUAUCCCCCCUGCAAUCGCGAUUCGUGGCCUCUCUAGCAGCCACUCUCUUCAUCCUCAUUCUCUACUUUAUCCUUUCAAACCCCAGCUUUGCAUAUGCCAUCGAAGUUGACUCGAUAAAACACAAAGACCAUAACCAUCCAAUAACAUUGGAGCUCGAGCUUUCUCUCGACUUUGAUACACCGCCUCUUGGGAACUCUCAAAUUCAGGCUUCUAAACUGAAUUUAGGCGGGGUGUCCGCUAUCAUUAUGCGGAGAGCGCCAGAUGGACUUGUUGCGUUAGCGAACAAUGCCCCUGAAAAGAGAGAAUUGGAACCGGGGGAGACACUUUAUUUUAAGUUUCCCAAAGCAGCUUUGGCUGGCCCAAAGUCUGGUCCUCCUGCCGGACUUCCUGGGGGCAAUGGGGUUGAGUUUUUGGAUGGCUUGUCAGUGGAUAAUGAUGAAUUGGAGUUGCGGGAUAAUGACCUGGCUAAACGGGCGACCAAAGUCUAUAUAUCCGCAAACACCUGCUCGCAGCCUGUGUUUAAUAGUGCGACACGACGUGAUCCGGAUCCUGGUCCGCCGCAGUUACAGCUUUAUGUCUCCACAACCGAGGAAAUUCAACAGCCAGGCCCUGAUGUUAAUUCUCCGGAUUUAAACGUUUUCACUUUUGAUGGUGGUUAUGUGAACGCUACAUUCGAUGUUGAAGACGAUAUUUACAUGGGGGUAUCCGCGCCGAAGAACGAGAGCUACUCUGGCAAGUACAAAUUCGAGAUUGCAGCGUCAAUUGAUCAGCCGUUCCAUGAAGCUGAACCUAAUGUCCCAUAUCUAUUCUUCGUCGAUGGUGACAGCGGCGCUGCUUUGCUGCAGACAAGCGACAUUACCCAAGCAAAUCCUGAUGAUGAAAUUUACAAGAAGUGGAUGAGCCUGGAUCCUCCACCAUUCAUCAUGUUUGCCCACAAUAUGAAUGACACGUCGAUUCUUGGCUUGCAGAAAUCCUUCUGCGGGUUAAAAAAUAAUGCCCAAAUUCGCAAGGACGGUGAUAAUGUUCAGGUCAGCAUGACUAACAGAGGUAUAAACCGCAAACCGAAAGAACAAUUCUAUAUCCAGGGUCUAAAUAGCAGUUCAUUCUAUUAUGGAUUUUUGGCCAUGGAAGGCAACUCCACCCACUCCGGCCGCGGAGUUGUGGGAGGAGGCGGAAAGGUUUGGAGGCCGGUCAACUUCAACACCAAAUCAGAAAACAACUGUGCCAUCCUAUACAACCUCGACUUCUGCUCCGAUGUCGCCUACGCCGUCCCUUCAAAUCCCUCCUUAACCAGCGACGACCUCGCAAAAUUCUACGACACCCACGCCGUCAAUCUGUACAAAAACUUCACACGCUCCCUCGCCCAAAUCCCCUGUAACACCUCCGCCAAAUCCCAAUACUCGCUCACACGCAACUGUACCCACUGCGCCGCCGCCUACAAACAAUGGCUGUGCGCCGUAACCAUCCCCCGCUGCGCUGACUAUUCCAGCAACCUCCCCUUCCUGCUCCCGCGCAACACUGCGCAGCAAUUCACAAACGGCACCAGCAUCGAGCUGGACAACCCGUUGCGCCAGACCGUGCUAUCAAACUCAUCCCGCAACCCAUUGAUCGACGAGCAGAUCAAGCCCGGACCGUAUAAGGAGGUUCUCCCCUGCCAGGACCUCUGCUAUGAGCUUGUGCAGAGCUGUCCGGCCGCACUGGGCUUUUCGUGUCCCAUUGACACGUGGUUGAAUGGCUCGUACGGAACAAGGAGCGUUGAUGGCGAUAUUACCUGUAGUUACCUUGGUGCAGCGUAUUUUUUGAAUGGUGCUGGGUUUCUAAGGGCGGGCUUCAAGUUCAUUCUUUGGGGAGUUUUGGGAUUCUGGGUAUUGUUUUGGAUAUUAUAG